CCCAUCUCCAAGGAGUCCCAUCCGCUGUACAACCGCAUCAGGACCGGGCAGGUACCCAAUUGCGCCAUCCCCUGCUACCAGCCCUACUUCACCCAGGACGAGAAGACCUUCGCCACCUUCUGGAUCGGCCUCUGGUCCAUCCUCUGCUUCCUCUCCACCUCCACCACCGUGGCCACCUUCCUCAUCGACAUGGAGCGCUUCAAGUACCCCGAGCGCCCCAUCAUCUUCCUCUCCGCUUGCUACCUCUUCGUCUCCGUGGGCUACAUCGUGCGGCUGGUGGCACGGGCCAGCUCCAUCUGGUGGGUCAUCCUGUCCCUCACCUGGUUCCUGGCAGCCGGCAUGAAGUGGGGCAACGAAGCCAUCGCUGGCUAUGCACAGUACUUCCACCUGGCUGCCUGGCUCAUCCCCAGCGCCAAAUCCAUCGCCGUACUGGCACUCAGCUCCGUGGACGGUGACCCGGUGGCCGGGGUUUGCUAUGUGGGCAACCAGAGCCUGGAGAACCUGCGGGGCUUCGUGCUGGCACCGCUGGUGGUUUAUCUCUUCACCGGCAGC